UCCUUCCAGUAACAAGAAUAUGAUUUACGAGAGCUUCGGUGACUGCCACGCCGGGGUAGAAACACGCAAAUCCUACGAUACUUUUUAGACGCGGCAGCUGGACUCGAUGUGGCCUGAUCGAUCUGGUUUAUUUGCACCAGCAUGGGUGGAUUAAAAAUGCCUGCGUGCGGGAGAGGAUGAGAGGCGAGAGCGCCGACGGGAUGCUUUUAAUCGAGGAAACCAGACCGAACAAUGGUGACGAAUGUGCUGGAUCAUGUGAUGAGUUAACGACCGCACGACCAGUCUGAAGAUGUGACACAGCGCACGGCGAUUGAGAGAAGCCCGGACAUCGCGUGGAGGCCAACAUCUGCGAACUGAUAUUGCAGAAGAGCGCAUUUAACGGGCGAGCAGCUAACCGUGGGCUAGUUCGGUGAAACGGUGCACUAGAAGACGGAGUAUCUUAGAUGAGCUUUCUUAACAGUAAAAACCAUAGAGCAUUUCCACGGGAUUUGAGUAAAUGCAACAAACAUCUGAUGAGUUGCACGAAUGUCUUGUAGCGAGACCGUUGUCUGUUGACGGAACUGUUUGAAAGGCUAAAUGUAUUGGUGUUGUUUUAAUUUUUAAGCAUAGCGUAUGAAUAUGAACCAAGACAGACGUGAAGUUUUUUUUUCCAUCGGUUAAAAACUUUUGUUAAAGGUGGACGAGAAGAUCUUUAAUAUGUCCUGUCACAAGAACCCAUAUUCUACCUAUCAGGGAUGAGCAAUGGAUGAUUAUGUUUCUGCUGAUCGUGUGGAUUGUACAAAUAUAAAAAGCGAUGAACGCACAUAACACACGCUGAGUACUUAGGAGACACUAUCUUACGUGGUUUUCUUUUCAGGACCAUAGACAACGACAAUGACCAGACUGCGCAAGAAAGCGUGUGUUGCACUUUUCCUGUUCACGCUGUUUAUCUUCGGCACGAUGAUGGGCUUACGGAGCCUCAAACCCUCCGACGGCUUCUCGGACCUCGCGCCGGGAAUGGAACUCAUGCCAUUCGUCGGCGCGAGGGUUGACAGACGACCGGUGCCUAACGACGUCGUUGCAUCGGCCGGUCAAGCUCUCGGUGCAAGCGACACUAAGAUAGUCUUUUCAAACUCUGGCCACGAACACAACAUUUUCUACGACAUUCACAUUUUCUAUUACUUGUGGUAUGGUACGCCUCAAAUGGACAGAGGUUACAUACACUGGGACCAUGUAUUAGUCCCUCACUGGGACCCCAAAAUAGCUGCCAGUCACCCCAAAGGAAGGCACAGUCCCCCAGAAGACAUCGCUUCCAGCUUCUACCCGGAGCUUGGACCGUACAGCUCCAGGAAUCCGAGCGUUCUUGAAUCGCACAUGGAGCAAAUCGAAUCUAGUGCUGCAGGUGUGGUGGUACUGUCCUGGUACCCACCUGGUGUGGCAGAUGAACAUGGAGAACCCACCGAGGACCUAGUGCCUGCUGUUAUGGAUGCUGCCCACAGGCAUCGUAUCAAGGUAACUGGUGAGAGAUAUGGUCAUCCUGUGCCGCAUCUGCAGGUGGCGUUUCACAUCCAGCCCUACCGAGGCCGGACAGACCUGAGCGUGCAUGACAAUGUCAAAUACAUCAUUGACAAAUAUGGAAAACAUGGCGCUUUCUACAGGUUCAAGUCCAGCACAGGGAAGGUCCUCCCUUUGUUCUACAUCUAUGACUCUUACCUGACCCCCCCAGAAGCUUGGGCAGAGCUGCUGACCUCCAGAGGCUCGCACAGCCUGCGCGGCACGCCCUACGAUGGCAUCUUCAUUGCCCUCAUCGUUGAGGAACGCCACAAGCACGAUAUCCUGGCCAGCGGCUUCGACGGCAUGUACACAUACUUCGCCUCCAACGGCUUCUCCUUUGGUUCCUCGCACCAGAACUGGAAAGCCCUCAAGGCAUUCUGCGACGGCAAUGGCCUGCUGUUCGUGCCAAGUGCUGGGCCCGGCUAUGUGGACACAGCUGUGCGCCCGUGGAACAACCAUAACACGCGGAACCGCGUGAACGGGCGCUAUUAUGAGACUGCCCUACAGGCAGCAAUGUCAGUCAGGCCGGACGUCAUCACAGUGACUUCAUUUAAUGAGUGGCACGAGGGCACGCAGAUCGAGAGGGCUGUGCCCAAGAAGACAGUAGCCCGUCUGUAUUUGGACUACAAACCCCAUGAGCCUGACCUCUACCUGGAGCUCACCAGGAAGUGGGCAGAGCAGUUUAACAAGGAGAAGGAGCAGUGGCUAAUGUGACUGAAAGAAACUGUUUUAAAGCACCGCAUUUUAAGACACUUUCAGGUUUAAAUGAGCUUGUAUUCAUAUCUACCACUGUUCAUAAUUGCACCAUAUAAGAUAUAAGGAAGGAAUAUCAACAUGUUCCGAUAAAUGGAAUGUUUAGUUUUGUAAUCAGCAUGGGUACUGAUUCGUUGUUCUGUCUGACCAUUAUCUGCUCAUAUGUUCGUUUCUGGACAUAAGCAGGUGUAGUACAUGGGGCAAAUGAGGCACAGAGGAGCUGCCUUGUUAUUGGACAGACUGUCUCUAUCACUUUAUUAUGAGCUCUGGUAACGGUGUUUUGUCCUGAGGGGUGGGGGAUGGUUCGCGAAGUGUUUACUGUGUUUGUUCUUGUAACCUUACAUGUGCUUAUUGUGACAAAACGUUUGAUAAAGGAAUUAAACCGCAGCAGUGUUUUAUUGGC